GAAAAAGGUCGACCCCAAAAAUUCGCCCGACUAACAAAGCCGCUCCUAACUGCUCUCGUCCUCUGCCUACUGCCGUUGCCGAGCACAGCAGCGUAUUCUUCGAUUCCCGUCUCGUCGCCUCUCUCGCUUCUCUUAGAAUCUCCAUCUCUGUCCGCUCCUCUCCUCAGAUGAGAUCCAAAGCACGGCCCUGAGAUCCAUCAGCACAAGCAGCAUCCAGGUGCGGUCGUAGAAGAGCCGCGGCAGAAGCGAAGAUGCAAGGCCUCUUCGGAUCGGUGCGUAGAUCCCUCGUGUUCCAUCCGAGCCCCGAUCGGAUCGAGGACGGCGGCGGCGGGGGCAGAAGGAUCGCGGAAAGGAUUGGAUCUUGCCUUAGGAAGUCCAGGAUCGGGCUGGGUCUAGGGUUCGGAGGGUCCACUCCCAAACUCCCUCCGCCGGUGCCGCCGCACCGAGUUCCGGCGGACGAUAUCCCCCCCAUUCGUUGGCGAAAGGGCGAACUCAUCGGUUGCGGUGCCUUCGGCCAUGUCUACAUGGGUAUGAAUCUCGAUUCGGGGGAGCUUCUUGCCGUGAAGCAGGUCUUGAUGGGGACUAGCGGUGCUUCCAAGGAGAAAGCUCAAGCUCAUAUAAAGGAGCUUGAGGAAGAAGUAAAUCUUCUUAGAAACCUAUCUCAUCCAAAUAUUGUGAGAUAUCUGGGAACAGCUAGGGAAGACGAGACAUUAAACAUUUUGCUGGAGUUUGUCCCAGGUGGAUCCAUCUCGUCAUUACUUGGAAAAUUUGGGUCCUUCCCAGAGGCUGUUAUAAGAAUGUAUACCAAGCAGCUCUUGCAGGGGCUUGAGUAUCUUCAUCAAAAUGGAAUCAUACACAGGGACAUUAAGGGUGCAAACAUUCUCGUGGAUAACAAGGGUUGCAUAAAACUAGCAGAUUUUGGGGCAUCUAAGCAAGUUGCAAAGCUGGCAACUAUGAAUGCAGCCAAGUCAAUGAAGGGUACUCCAUACUGGAUGGCACCAGAAGUAAUUCUUCAGACUGGGCAUAGCUUCUCAGCUGAUAUAUGGAGUGUUGGUUGCACUGUCAUAGAGAUGGCUACAGGUAAGCCUCCCUGGAGUCAGCAAUAUCAAGAGGUUGCUGCUCUUUUCCACAUUGGAACAACCAAAUCGCAUCCUCCUAUACCAGAACAUCUUUCUUUGGAGGCAAAGGAUUUUCUUUUGAAAUGCUUACAGAAGGAACCAAAUCUGAGGCCCACUGCAUCUGAUUUGCUCCAGCAUGCUUUUGUUACCAAGGAAUUUCAGGAUAUGCAUCCAAUACACCACUCUGCACUUGCGGAAUCCACAAAAGAUGCAGCCCUGCCAUCCAAAUUGUACAUGAAAAGCAUCAAUACUCUAGUGGUUGACAACAGAACUUGUUGUGAGGGAUUGGACUUAGGUGGCUGUGGUAGUGGUAGCGGCAGCGGAAGAUGCUCUACUUUCUUUCGUGGAAAGCUUUCUUCUGUGAGACCAAUAUGGGACAUGAGUACUAGUAGUGAUAUGUGCCGGUUGGACGAUAAAGAUGAUUUUCCAGUUGUUGGAUCAAGUUUCAACCCAAUAUCUGAGCCCUUUGAUGACUGGUCAAAUGAGUUUGAUAUCAAUUUAAAGCACAAAAAAAUGGACUUCAAUGACUUAAGUGAAUCUUUCAUCGAUGUUUCAUGCACUAGAAAAGGGGAAAAGGAUUUUACAUUUCCUUGCAAGUUAGUUCCUGAAGAUGAUGAUGAAGUUACAGAGUCAAAAAUAAGAGCUUUUCUGGAUGAGAAGGCCCUUGAUCUGAAGAAGUUGCAGACACCUCUCUACCAGGAGUUCAUUAAUAGCCUAAAUAACAACAAUGAGACAUGUGCUGGAAAGAAAAGUGAGGAAAAUAUGACCAAAAAUUUAAAAUUUCCUCCCAAGAUCGAGACUUCACCCAACAAGAAUAUAAGCGGGAAGACUGUUCCACUUGUUGGCACAGCUAAUAGGGUGAGUUCUGAAAAUUGCAGCAGACGAGUCUCAAAUAGUGGGGAAGAGAAUGAUCAAGUCCUAAGAGAAAUUUCACCUAAGUUUAAUGAAAGGGGAGGUCUUCUUCAAGAUGCUCAACAGGAACCAAAUUGCCCAAGUGACAAAUUUUCGGAGAGACGGAGGAAAUGGAAAGAAGAGCUGGAUCAAGAACUUGAGAGGGAAAGAGAGAUGAUGAGGCAAGCAGGUUAUGGGAGAAUAUCUUCCCCAAAGAAUGGAUGGUUAAAUCAAAAGAGAGACCGAAUAUGAUUUACCUUCUUCAGGCAAAAGAUGUACACAAUCUAGUGUCUGGAGCAUACCUUAUUUUUUCUUUCUCGAUUUGGAUGGCAGUCGAAAUAUCAGUUCUUACGGAUGUUGCCUGUUUGGCGUUCAUAUGCUGUUUGAGAUUUGCAAUCUCUCUAGCUAGCAUAUGUCAAGAGAAGGGACCCGAAUAUGAUUUACCUCCAGGCAAAUGAGUGUACACAAUCUACUGUCUGGAGCAUACCUUGUAUUUUCUUUCUCAAUUUGGAUGGCAGUCGAAAUAUCAGUUCUUAUGGAUGUUGCCUGUUAGGUGUUCAUAUGCUGUUUGAGAUUUGCAAUCUCUCUUGCUAGCAUAUGCUGAGAGAAGGGACCAAUAUGAUUUACCUCCUUCAGGCUGAGUGUAUGCAAUCUAGUGUCUGGAGCAUACCUUAUAUUUUCUUUCUCAAUUUGGAUGACAGUCGAAAUCUCACAGAUGUUGCCUGUUAUUUGUUCAUAUGCUGUUUGAGAUUUGCACUCUCUCUAGCUAGCAUAUACCGAGAGAAGGGACCACCCGACAGUCUAAGCAUAAGAAGAUUUCAGAGCCACCUUCAGCAAUUAGGGCUAUAGAUGGAUGGAAAUUAAAUGCUGUAAAAUGUUGCCUUGUGUUCACCAUCGGGUGUAAGAUUUUGGUUAAGAAGAUUUGUUGAUGCAAGGACCAUUAAAUGCUGUAAAAUGUUUAUGUUUUUGGCCUCUCCCGUGCAUAUAUGCUUGUUUUCAAGUCAAGAUAGAAUCAGUCUGAAUAUUACUGGACAAAUGUAACAUUUCUUUGUAAUAAACACCAGAUUCUUACUGUA